AUGGCUGGAUUAGAUGAGAACUUUCCGGGUGUGAUCAGGCCAUCAAGUAUUCAAGGGGCAUUGAGGCCUGGAGGUGAAAAGCUUCCAGUGGCAUUUGGACAUAGUAGAAGGGCAUUGACUGCAAUCAAUAAGAACAUAAUAGGAAUUCCCCCUUACCCAUCUGUUGUUCACAAGAGAGGUGUCUUGACAGAAAAAAAUGCUAUCAGUAACAAGAAACCUGAUGUUCCGGUGCACCGACCCAUCACUAGGAAGUUUGCUGCACAAAUGGCUUGCAAACAACAGCAUCCAUAUAUUAAGGAAACCAAGCCAUCAAUCCAACAAGAAGAUUCCAAUACACGUCAAUUGGUAGACUGCCUCAUUGUUGAUGCAGAGGACUACAAAGUAAUUGGUGACUAUGAUGUCCCAAUGUCCGUGCAACAUACAGAAGCUAUGCUCGAAGAAAUUGAUCGAAUGGAUGCGGAAAUUGAAAUGGAAGAAAUUGACGAGGAGGAGCCAGUUGUGGACAUAGAUAGUGCUGAUAAGAAGAAUCCACUUGCAGUUGUCGAAUAUAUUGACGACAUAUAUGCCUACUACAAAAAGACGGAGAGUUGUAGCUGUGUCCCACCAAACUAUAUGGAACAGCAGUCUGACAUCAAUGAAAGGAUGAGAGGUAUUCUUAUCGACUGGCUGAUUGAGGUGCAUUACAAGUUCGAACUGAUGGACGAGACGUUAUAUUUAACUGUUAGUCUCAUCGAUAGAUUCUUAGCCAUCCAACCAGUGAUAAGAAAGAAACUCCAGCUCGUUGGAGUGACAGCUAUGCUCAUUGCCUGCAAAUACGAAGAAGUCUCUGUUCCUGUUGUGGAGGAUCUUAUUUUGAUUUCUGAUAGAGCUUACUGCAGAAAAGAAGUUCUUGAUAUGGAGUGGGAUAGUGUACAAGGUGGUGUUAGGUGGAGGUGUCAAGGGGUGAGGAUCAGGUGUGGGGGGUUCAAUGGUGGUUGCAGUGAGGCGUCUCAGCGAGGAAGACACCAUGUGGAGGUUUAA